AUGCGUCUGCUGAACACGUGUUUGUCUGACACCGGAGACUUCUUGAUCCAGGAGUUUUUCGACUAUGAAUUACCGCCGUACGCGAUUUUGUCACAUACCUGGGGCGAAGAGGAAGUCACUUAUCAGGAAAUCAACGCCGUCAGCGCGAAGGAGAAGAGCGGAUACAAGAAAAUCAUACAGUGCUGCUCGGUAGCAAGGGCAGACGGGUACAAGUACGUCUGGAUCGAUACAUGUUGCAUUGACAAGACCAGUAGCGCGGAGUUGUCGGAGGCAAUCAACUCCAUGUAUCGGUGGUACCAAACUUCUGAGCUAUGCUACGCCAUCCUUGCGGACGUACAAUCUGAAGAUGAAAUCGACAAGAGUAGAUGGCUUACCAGAGGCUGGACCCUUCAGGAGCUGAUUGCUCCAUCAAAGGUGGUAUUCCUGAAUGAGAGGUGGGAACUUCUGGGAGAUAGAGCAACUCUCCGGGACAGAUUAUCUGAGUACACUGGGAUUCCCGCCGGCAUUCUUUCCGGAGACGAGGAUCUCGAAACGUCUAGCGUCGCACAGAGGAUGUCGUGGGCUGCGAAACGACAGACGCGGAGAGUGGAAGACCGUGCUUAUUCCCUCAUGGGCAUAUUCAACGUCAACAUGCCGCUAAUCUACGGGGAGGGCGAGAAUGCGUUCAUUAGACUUCAGGAGGAAAUCAUGCGCAUUUCAGACGAUCAAAGUCUUUUCGCAUGGGCGUCUUCUGAUGAUCGCGGCGGGCUUCUCGCCACCUCUCCUGCCGCAUUUGUCUAUUCCCAUAACAUUGUGCGAUUCAAUCCGGUUGGCAGUCUCGAUAGCCCUUUCACUGUGAAUAGUAGGGGGGUGCAUUUAGAUAUUGUCUUCGCAGGAAUAUCAGGCGACGGCCUAGGUCUCGCAAUUCUUAACUGCAAGGAAAGAACCUGCACACAAGGAACCCAGCAAGACAAGGUAAUAGCCAUUUACUUGAGGGAUUUAGAUUUCACUAUGAGUGAAUUUAAGAGGGUUCAUAGCGGUUCUUUCCGACAUAUCGAUCUUGAAACCUCUCGACCGAUCCAAUAUCUUGUGAGAAGAAUUUGUGUCCGAGGUGGUCGCACGAUGCUCAUGCGCAAGCGAGUCGCCGCCAAACAAGACGACAUCUCCCCAGAAAAUAUCCAUCUUUAUGACGAGGUCAUACUGCCGACCCAUUACAUAGACCCAGCAGCAUUAUUUGUGGCCACGGAAGCAGGAAUUCAAGGUGAUGUAUGGUUGCUGUUGACUCGAAGUAAGGUCGGGAUAGAGGCAAAAAAUUUGCAUGGUCAAACACCUCUAUCAUUGGCCGCAGAGCAUGGACAGGAAGACAUUGUUCAUAUGCUUCUUCAGAGAGGCGCCUCGAUCGAGACCAGAAACUAUGACAGUCAGACACCGCUAUCAUUAGCUGCAGCGAAUGGGCACGGACGUAUUGUCCAGAUGCUUCUUGAGAGAGGCGCCGCAACUGAGCCUGAUAAUCCGAAUGUUCAGACACCACUAUCCUUAGCUGUAGAAAAUGGACAUGAAGACAUUGUUCAGAUGCUUCUAGAGAGAGGCGCUGAAAUUGAAACCAAGGAUCAGUGGGGCGAGAAUACACCGCUGGCACUGGCUGCAGCAAAGGGAUAUGGAGGCAUUGUUCAGAUGCUUCUAGAGAGAGGCGCUGAAAUUGAAACCAAGGAUUUGUUGGGCAAGAAAACACCGCUGGCACAGGCUGCGGCAAAGAGAUAUGGAUUCAUUUUCCAGAAACUCCGUAAGAGAGCAGGUGCAAAGGAAGCUAAUAGCCAGUGGCUUCAGAUACCAUUGCUCGAGGCUACACGGAAUGGGCAUAAAGAUAUUGCCAAAAUGCUUUAUGACGCCAAACUCAAGAAUAAACAUUCGAUGCUUCGGUGA